AAUCCCAUCACAUGACAUUGAUCUCCACGACACGAAAUUAAGACCGUAUCGAAUUGCUAACAGAGGGUUGUUCAAACUUAAAAAGGCUUGCUGUACUAGUAUCUGGACGGACGAAGGAGCAUCUCGCACAGUCCCGCCGAGGACGGUCAAGUGUCUUUUUAAACAUGUCGUCUGCAACGUUAUUUUGCCUCCUGAUAUUGUUUUCCUUGGCAAGCGCCGGUUCUAUUAUUGAUGCACAGAACAUAAUGUCCAAUCUAUCUGUUGGGUAUAACAAUGAAAUGCGACCAGUGUUUAAUCAAGAUUCCAACGUUACCGUCACUGUCGACAUGUACCUAAUUUCUAUUAAGGAUUUUGACGAGGUUUCUGGAACUUUAAACGUGAUUGCAGUAUUUAUUAUUAAUUGGAACGACGCUUCUAUGAACUGGGAUCCAGCUUCCUACGGCUGGAUAUGGGACGUUAACGUCGGACAAAAUAAUAUUUGGCUUCCUAAACUCUACAACAUCAAAGUGUCCGAUUCCUUUCAUGCUCUCAGUGACAAGGACCUCAAGGUGAGGAUCCAACAUGAUGGUUUAGUUACAUGGCAACCAGGUGGUCUAGUCGACGUCAAGUGUGACCCGGAUGUUAUGUACUUUCCAUUUGAUUCUCAAACAUGCUCCAUACAAUAUGCACCUUGGGGUUAUGGGCAAAAUGAAGUUACACUUAAACCUAAAAAAUCUGAAUUAACGUUGGAUUUCUAUGAGACAAAUGGCGAGUGGUCUUUAGACAAAACCACAACGGGCACUUAUGUUAUUAGUGAUAUCAGUCUAGUCAUUUUUAAUAUUACAAUAUCACGUCUUCCAGCCUUUCACAUUGUCAACACCCUAAUGCCGAUCUUCUUGUUGAUGUUCAUGAAUCCUCUGGUGUUUGUCUUGCCGUGUGAUUCAGGAGAACGUGUAGGAUUCAGUUUGACCGUAUUUCUCACCUUCACUGUUUUUAUCACCAUCGUAAACAGUGUUCUACCUGCAAACUCGGAAAGUAUGUCAAGGCUAUCCUAUUUCAUCUUCACCGUCCUCGUCGCCAGUGGAGUCAUCGCCUCCGUCAACAUAUUUCAACUGAAGAUGUACUUCAGAGAUGACAGUAUAAAAGUACCUCGUUGGACAGCCAGACUUAUGCGCAUUCUUGACUGCAAGUUAAAAUCUGGUCGAUCAAAUGAUGAAGUAAAAUCAUUUUGUCCAGAAAAUCUUAAUUCGAAAUCGGGUCUAGAUCAAACUAAAAAUGGACGACAACCUAUCACAAGGGAACACUCAGAGGCCGAAAUAGUUCCGGAAAUGACGUGGAAGGAGGUCGUACGCAUCAUGGAUAAGUUUUACGCCUGGUUUUUCUAUAUUGCUAUAUCUGUGGCCAGCGUUGCGAUUCUGGUCAGUAUGUCUCAAGGCCACAAGUGAAGAAGACAGGAAUGCUUGGAUCUGUGUGACAUUGUGCAUGGAAACUAUUCUAUCACAUAAUUGGAGGUUGUGAUCUAAUAUGAUGUCAUUAGAUUCUAAAGGGAAUGACGUCACACCAGUGGAUCAUCUUAUUAGCAGAUUAUUAUAUCUUAGUUGAUAAAUGUAGCAAGCAUUUCUAAUUACUUCUGAAAAAUGGUUGACUUUACAGUUAACAAUCAAUCAAUCAAUCAAUCAAUCAAUCAAUCAAUCAAUCAAUUUUUUAUUCCUCUUGUUAAGAGAUACAAAUUUUGAAA